GUAGUAGCCCAGAAUUAAGAACUUGACGACGGAAGCAACAGAGACGGAAAACAGGCGUUGGUGUUCAAGUAACCAAUCAUAGCGCGUUAUUUUACCAAUUACACCAAUAGCAGUAAGCCUUUAUCACAUGGUGUACGUCGGUAUCUAAAGCCGGUCGUAUGAACAAAGUAAACAACCAGCUGAUAUGAUACCGUUAAGCUUAAGGGCAAAACUACCCGAGAUUUCUUUCUGUUAGUAUUAAUAUACUGUCAGUUGAUAAUUCCACAAGAGUAUGCAAUAUACAACACUUCGUGACGUAGAUUUCAGGGAAUAAUUAAAAUUGUAUACUAUAUUCAAGGAUGUCGACAGGAAAGCGUUUAGCUAAAAGAUCAAUUAUAGGUAUGCGAGUUUGUGCUCCCUCAGAAGAUGGGCGGUUUUCUCCCGGAAUAAUACAUGCAACAAAAACUGAGGUAGGGAGCAAAGAAACUAUAUACUGCGUUUUGUUUGAUGACAAAAACCAGCCUACUCGCGAAUAUCGAUCAAACGAACUUAUUGGCCCAAAUUUCCAAAAUAUCACAUGUGUAAAACUUAAGAAUGGUCAAAAUGUUUACGUCACAUUUAAUGGACGUGAGGUUAUGGGAACUGUAGUUCACCAUCGACCAAAAAUCGACCAAGUUAUCCUGACUAUACAACCCUCAUCAUACAAUUGCCAUUUAACACGCUCCGUGGAAGUAAAAAAGAAACUCGAAGAAAUUCGACUGCUUGAAAGCCGAAAAUCAGUUAGGCUUUUGGAUAACGACAAAGACUACUCCCGUUUAGCUGAAGGACAAGAACCUCGUAGGAGAACCUCAUCUUUAACCAUUGAUGUCCCAUUAGCUCAAAGUGGACGGAAGCGACGUCCAACUUCUGUUGAAGAUGGUGAUGUUAUGGAUGAAUGUAUGGCCGCUAUGGUGUUAAUGAGCCUUUCCUGUAGCCCAAAAUCACCUCGAUUUCCAGAAUAUGGUACGCUUAUUUUACAGUUUGCUUUAUGAAUGUCAUUUAUAUCG